GCCGGCGGUAAAGCGGCAAAGGCUGCCACUCCAAGCAGCGGACGGGAGGCAUGGGUGGCUUGGCUGCCCCAGUUUCACACUUGGCCGGUCUUCUACACCAGAAAGCUGGAGGCUGUUGCGGCUCUCUCCGUGCAAUGGCCCGACGAGACCUGGACCAAGCUUUCUGCCGAGGUGCGAGAGAUACUCGAAGGCAGCAUUGCCGGCGAGAGACGACAGGCUUUGCACCCGGACCUGCUGCCGCUUACUGCCCUGCCAGGCCCUAUGCUCCAGGCUCCAACCGUGGAGAUUGAGGGCGCAUCUCCUCAAGAGGUCCGAGCAGCGCGAGCAUGUUUGCAGAUGGCGCGACGAAUGGUCCCACAGACUGCGAUUGCGGUACAGGAUGCGGUUGCAAAGAAGAUGCAGCAAUGGCAGGUCGAAAGCGCCGCUGGCGGAUUGCCGCCAGCCACAGCCCAGCAGGUGGUGACACUGACGAGGUGGGCCAUGGACACCAGCAACUGGACGGUCAUUACCCAUGCCAUGGCUGGCGACACGAAGCCUCGGAUGCUGCCCUUGGCUGAUGUGCAGCUUCGAAACGAGGACAUGACGAACCUGGAGAAGCUAACUGGCAUCAGGCUGUCAUUUGCCAUGCCCCCGAGCUGUUGUGAUCUUUGUGCCGAAGAUAGCGGGAACCUGUUCCGAGUUCAGCAGCUCAGAGCGGUUUGA